AAUUAAUUAGGUACACAAUUUUUAAUUUAAAACAGAGUGGUCUUACUUAUUUACUAAUAUGUGUAUUGUUUAAAUCUUAUUUUAAGAAACCGGUACUUAUCCACGUCCCGGCCGGGAAAUGAAAAAUAUCGGGACUCUGUAGUAAAAACCGGUAGUGUCCCGGCGAAAUCGGGACGAAUGGCAACCCUAGCUUAAACUUAUUCAGUUAUUUAUAGUAAAACCUCCAAACAAUAAAUCAUAAUAUUUACAACAGUCAAGUUGUCGCAGCACGGUACCUUCUUAUGAACAGUGAUGUAUAGUUAACUAUAAGCACUAUGGUAGUAUGGUGUUUAAUUUAUAUUUGAUAUGAUAUCAAAACUUUCUAGAGAUGAAUAUAUUUACUGAUUGCAUAGGUAACGCCCAAUAGGAUUUGAUAUUUUUUAUUAAUCCUUUUCUGUUAUGCUGCUGAUCUGCUACAUAGGUAAUUGUGACUUGUAACUUUUAAGAGGUAACAAUCUUUUUAAUUUUUUGUUUAAAUUGUUGUGUAUGUACUUUGAUUACUGUGAUCUGUAAGCAAUAGUCAAUUAAUAACAUACCUAGGUACUUUUUUUAUUUUCGGCACAUGAUUCGUAAAGCCAUGGCAAGUAUAAUGGCAGCUAAACCCUGGGAAUCUACACAUCGCUUAUCCCCAUACAUCCGUCCACAGCAAUACUUCAUUAAUCUGUAUCCAAAUCUUGAACAAGGCUCAUUUGUUGGUUCUGUUGAUAUAACAAUAAUAUUGGACACUGCUCAAAGUUACAUUAAGCUACAUUCAAAAGGGUUGAAUAUCAAAGAGACAAAACUCAAUUCCAGUUCUGUAACAGCAUUUUCAUAUCCAGAACACGAAUUUUGGGUUGUAGUACCAAAUGAAGAACUAAGUGCCGGGGAAUACAAACUACAACUUUCAUUUGAAGGUAGUUUGUUGAACAAAAUAGUUGGAUUUUACCGAAGCGUUUAUACAGAUUCAAAGAGCCAUGAACAACAUUAUAUUGCUACUUCAAAGUUUGAACCAACUUAUGCACGGUUAGCGUUUCCUUGUUUUGAUGAGCCUCAACUGAAAUCAAAAUUUAAAAUUAGUUUAAUUCGACCAUCCGGUAAUAACUACAUAGCUUUAUCAAAUAUGAACCAAGAGUCUGAAGAGAUCAAUGUUCCUACGAAUGGAUCGACUACAGUCCAUUUUGCUAACACUGUUCCAAUGUCUACAUACCUCGCUUGUUUCAUAGUAUGUGAUUUUCAAUCACUUGAACCUGUAAAAGCAGACCAAGGGUUUCCAUUAACAGUAUAUGCCAGAAGUGGUCAAUCUGAAAAUAUGAAAUAUGCUCAACAAGUAGGUCUUAAGGCAAUUAACUUUUAUGUUAAUUAUUUUGGAAUUCAAUACCCACUACCAAAAUUAGAUUUGAUAGCAAUCCCAGAUUUUGUUUCCGGUGCUAUGGAGCAUUGGGGUCUUGUAACAUUUCGUGAAACUAGUGUUUUAUAUAAAGAAGGCAUAAGUUCUAGUUCUAACCAAGAGCAAGUAGCUUUGACUGUUGCACAUGAAUUGGCUCAUAUGUGGUUUGGAAAUCUUGCAACUAUGAAAUGGUGGAAUGACUUAUGGCUUAAUGAAGGAUUUGCUUCUUACAUGGAAUUUAAAGCUUUGCAAGUUGUCCACCCUGAUUGGGAUGUUGACACAUUAUUUCUAAUACAUAGUCUCCAAUCGGUACAAUAUCUAGAUAAUAAACUUAGUUCUCAUGCUAUAGUGCAAGAUGUUUCUCAUCCAGAUCAAAUAACCGAAAUUUUUGAUGUCAUAUCAUAUGAUAAAGGUUCUUCUGUAAUACGAAUGUUGGAAGGAAUGUUGGGUGAAGAAGUAUUCAGAAUUGGAGUAAGCUCAUAUUUAAAACGUUUUGCUUUUAACAAUGCUGAAACUGAUGAUUUAUGGGCAGAAUUACAAACAGCAACUCAAAAUACAGUAGAUGUUAAAAAGCUUAUGGAUACAUGGACACGCCAAGCAGGGUUCCCAGUAGUAUCGGCUAUACGGAAUGGAACAAAACUUACUUUAAAGCAGCAAAGAUUUUUGUCCAAUCCAAAUACUAAUACUUCCCUUGACUCAUCUCCAUACAAUUACAAAUGGGAAAUACCAAUUACUUAUAUCACUUCAAACAAUAAUACUGUGCAUAAGUUUUGGUUAACCAAAGAAGAGGAUUCAAUUACAAUUGACAUACCUGAUGCUGAAUGGAUAAAACUAAAUCAUAGACAAGUUGGAUAUUACAUCAUAAACUAUUCAGAGAGUGAUUGGUGGUUACUCACCAAUUUGUUAGAAAACAAUGUUGAUGCGUUAAGUGCGGCUGACCGUUCAAAUCUUAUUCAUGACGCCUUUAGUUUGGCAAAAGCUAAUUACUUACCAUAUGGCAUAGCAUUAAACAUGACAAAAUAUUUAUCUUUGGAACAUCAUUAUGUUCCUUGGGAUGUAGCUGCUACGAACUUAAAUACAUUAAGGCACAAUUUAUAUCAACGUGCAGCACAUAAAAACCUUGAAAAAUAUGUACAACAUUUAUUGGGAAGUAUAAAAGAAGAUUUUUGGAAUGAUUCAAGUGAUAGAAACUUUUUACAACGUAAACUUCAAGGAGUUAUUCUAAACUUGGGAUGUUUAUAUGGUUUACCAAGCUAUCACACUAAAGUAUAUGAAUUAUUUAAACGAUUUUUGGAUGAUAAAAUCCAACCAAAUCCAGAUAUUAGAUACACAGUUUAUUAUUAUGGAAUGUCCCAAGGUAAUGAAAGCGAAUGGAAUAGACUGUGGGACUUAUUCUUAAAUGAGCAAGAACCUCAGGAAAAAAUCAAACUUAUGGUAGCAUUAACUGCCUCAAAAGAAACAUCAAUAUUAACUAGACUAUUGCAAUAUGCAAAAAAUGAGAGCUUUGUUCGUUCUCAAGAUUAUUUCAUAAUCAUAUCACAGAUAAGCCGAAAUCCUGUUGGAACUCAAUUGGUAUGGGAUUUUCUAAGGGAUGAAUGGCAGUACUUGGUUGAACGUUUUUCUCUUAACGAUCGUGGAUUUGGAAAACUUAUUCCUUCAGUUUGUUCUCAUUUCAAUACACAUGAACGACUUGAAGAAAUGAAAGUAUUUUUUGAGAAAUAUCCAGAAGCAGGAGCUGGAAAAGCUGGCCGAAAAACUGCACUAGAAGUUGUAUCUAAUAACAUUAAAUGGUUAGAAAGUCAUGAAGCUGCUAUUAGUAAUUGGUUGAUUAAUGUUAUCUAAUUUUUAAAAAUGAUCUAUUAUAUUGUUGAAAAUUAACAAUUUUUAUUAUUGGUUGAAAUAUUAUUUUUUUUUUAUACAGGGUCUUAUUAAUUAUUAUUACAAUGUUAACUUUUAUAUUCUACCCAUGGCUAAUUAACUGAAAAAUGUUGCUAAGCUAUGAUUGUUCCUAAUUGUAUAAUCACUGUGUGGAUUUUAAUAAAUGAAAUAUUCAAUAUAUAAACAAA